AUUGUGAAUUGCAAAUGUCAGUGUAAAAUGAUUUUGUGAGUUUUUAUUUGUGUCUGCUUAUCUUAUUUGAAUAGACAUACUAAACAUUAUUUAAUCUUACCCGUUUAUCUAUAUACCUUUUUUGUUAAGACAGGACGCUUUUUUCUUCUCUAAUCAGAAGUCACUAAAAUGCUACGUCUCCGUCCCAAGUUGGGAAGUGACCGCAACAAUGAAUGGCGUUGUUGCUUCUGUCUGCAUGUGCGCACCGGUACCAUCUUGCUUGGUACAUGGCAUCUGAUGCUACAUUUGGUAGCUUUGGGAUUCCUGGCGGCAAUCGUGCGCGAUCCCCGUCUGCUUGAGGAGCUAGAGCGUGACUCGGCGCCUGCGGACUGGGGCGAGUUGGGUGCGGCCAUGCCCACUCCGCUCUCCAACAUCGAACCGCCGCCCAGCCCCUACCCGCAGCACGGCUCCCAGCCCCGCGACUAUAGCUUGAUUUACAAUGAUGUGGAUCUUGGUGCACUGGUUACCCUGUGUACCCUGGUGAUCACCCUCUUCCUGAUCUAUGGAGCUUCCCGAGGCAAGCCAGUCCACCUGCUUCCCUUCUUCUGCCUUCAAAUAUUCGACUUUGCUAUCACUGUCAUGACGGCGACUGGUUACCUGUGCCACUUGCGCUCCAUCCACCACCUGAUCGCUGAGACGAAGCGUGUGCCAUGGCGCGCACAGCUGCUGCAGCUCUCCACACCCACUCUCACGCUUAUCGUACUCGGCGCCAUACUGCUCGCUAUUCUCAUCAAGUUGUACUGCCUGCGCGUGGUGUGGCGCUGCUUCAAGUACCUGUCGAUGAUGUCGAUCCCCGCGCUGAGCCCGUUCGUGAUCUCCAGCGAGGCGGCGAGCCCGGGCCCUGUGCCCUACGCGCCCGCGCCCUACUCCAGCCUGUUGCCCGACUACGAGGAAGCCGUCAAGCAAACCCCCCCGCCCUCCUACCGUGCCGCCACGCUCAUGGCUGUCGUCGACCCUAAUGUGGCCACUGCUGAAGUAUCCGCCGCCCCGCCCCCCGCAGCCCCCGCAGUCCCCGCAGCCCCUGCAGCCCCCGCACAGACCUCCACUGACACAGUCGUGAUGCUGCCGCAGCAGGGGGCACACGUGCGCGUCUGAAUCUCUUCACUAACAUUUACAUACGGCAAUUGCCAUUAUCUAAUUGUUCGAGUAGAAAAAAAAAAACAAAAAAAAAUAAUACAUGUUCUUUAAUUUAUUGAGAUAAGGCAUUUCAAUGGAAUUCACUUGUUAAUCUAAAAUUAUCACGAAUCUUUCUAA